AUGGUAGCAUUUGGCGCCUCGGCGCUUCUCCUCACGCUGCGCGUGCUUCUUUCAGCAACUCCGUCGUCUGCUGCGCCGGUCGCACAGGCAGACACUCCAUCAACAGGCGCGGCCAGUGGUUACUGGCUUCCUGCGCUCGCUUCCAAGGGACAAGGAAAGGCUGCAUUCAACGAGAACCCCGACAGCUACCUGGUCUACCGAAAUGUUCAGGACUUCGGAGCCAAAGGUGACGGCUCGACUGACGACACCGCGGCUAUCAACAAGGCUAUCGCUUCUCUGACCAAGACGUCUUCUGACACUGAAGUGCGUUGCGGUGAGGGCUGUGACUCUACUACCAUCACUCCUGCCGUCGUCUACUUCCCGCCCGGCACCUACAUGGUCAGCAAGCCCAUCAUUCAAUACUACUACACCCAGUUCAUCGGUGAUGCCAAGCAAGUGCCCACGCUGAAGGCUACCGCUUCCUUUGAGGGUAUGGGUCUUAUCGAUGCCGACCCUUACAUUGAGGGUGGUAACGGCGCCAACUGGUUCACCAACCAGAACAACUUCUACCGUUCCAUCCGCAACUUCGUCAUCGAUAUCUCCGACGCUAAGGCCGCCGCUGGUGUGCACUGGCAGGUAUCUCAAGCCACUAGCAUCCAGAACGUUGUGUUCAACAUGGCCGAUGCCAGCACGGAGAAUGGCAAGGCUCAGAAGGGUAUCUUCCAGGACAACGGCUCCGGUGGUUUCAUGACAGACCUCGUUUUCAACGGCGGUGACAUUGGUGCUUUCCUCGGUAGCCAACAGUUCACUACUCGCAACAUGACCUUCAACAAGUGCAACACUGGUAUCUACAUGAACUGGAACUGGCUCUGGACCAUGAAGUCGAACACCUUCAACGGCUGCAAGGUCGGUCUCGAUAUGGCAAAUGCUCCUGACAACCAGACUGUCGGCUCUGUUCUACUCCUGGACAGCAAGUAUGUCUCAACUCCCAUCGGUGUCAAUACUUCCUUCUCCGAGACCAGCAUUCCUGUUGGCGGUGGCACUCUCAUCAUUGACAACGUUGACUUUUCCGGUGCCGAGACGGCCGUGCAAGACUUCCAAGGCAAGUCCCUUCUCGCUGGUGGAUCGACUGUCAAGAUUUGGGCUCAGGGUAAUGCUCUUGCUUCUGGCGGCACUCAGGGACGUGUCCAGGGCGAUGUUCAAAACGGCCCCACCAAGCCCCAGAGCCUCCUUGGUCAGGACGGUGGCCUUUUCGAGCGUAGCAAACCUCUCUACGCCGACAUCGAUGCCAGCUCGUUCGUCAGCCUGAAGACUGCAGGUGCCAAGGGUGACGGUAAGACCGAUGACACCAAAGCAGUGCAAGCAGCCAUCGACGGCCUUACGGAUGGUCAGGUCCUCUGGAUCGACCACGGUGCCUAUGUCCUAUCUGACACCAUUGUCAUCCCUGCCGAGAAGAACGUCAAGAUUGUCGGCGAGACCUACCCGCUUCUGAUGGCUUCCGGUGCCAAUUUCGAGGACAUGGAGAACCCCAAGCCGUUGUUCCAGAUUGGCAAGCAGAGUGGUGACAAGGGCGCUUUCGAAAUGUCCGACUCCAUCGUCACUACCAAGGGCCCCGUUCCCGGUGCUAUCCUCAUGGAAUGGAAUAUUAACGCCGAGAACGGCCAGGCUGGUCUUUGGGACGUACACUUCCGUGUCGGUGGUUUCCAGGGUACCGAGCUCCAGUCCGACACUUGCAGCAAGCAGAAUGGUACAGCCCACGAUGCUGAUCCUAAGUGCAUCGGUUCUUUCAUGCAGCUCCACAUCACCAAGAACUCCAACGGCUACUUCGAGAACGUCUGGCUGUGGACUGCCGAUCACGAGCUCGACCUCAAGGAUCACAACCAGAUCGACAUCUACAACGGCCGUGGCAUGCUUGUCGAGUCCCAGGGUCCUGUCUGGCUGUACGGCACUGCCUCUGAGCACUCGGUCCUCUCCCAGUACCACUUCCAGGGCGCCAAGAACAUCUACCUCGGUGCCAUCCAGACCGAGACGCCUUACUACCAGCCCAACCCUAACGCGCUCCAGCCCUUCAAGAAGAACGACAAGUACUUCGACCCCGACAUGAGCACCAAAUCGGACAAGACCGCCUGGGCCGUCCGCAUUAUCGAGAGCGACAACAUCUGGGUCUAUGGUGCGGGUACCUACUCGUUCUUCCAGGACUACAGCCAGACGUGCGUCUCGGAGAACAACUGCCAGGAGCACAUCAACGAGAUCGACGCCAAGUCGACCAACAUCAACGUCUUUGGUCUCUCGUCGAAGGCAUCCGUCAACAUGAUCACGCAAGAUGGCAAGGGUCUUGCUCUUGAUAGCGACAACCGAUCGAACUUCUGCGCCACCCUUGGUAUCUUCGCCCAGUCGUAG